CUCUUCUAACAUGGAGCUGAACCAGAUCCUUGUAUUGGCUAUCACUAUUGCAGGUGUUGUAUCUGUACCUGACAACAGAAGGUUGGUUGCUGUUGACAAAGAAACAUAUAUUUAUCAAGGGCACAAAUAUACAUUUCAUCGUGAGCGUGUGACAUGGGAAGAGGCUGCACAAAUCUGCUCAGAUGAAGGAGGGUAUCUUGCAGUGUUGGAAGACAUGGCUGAAACAGAAUUCAUUGCUGAAGCUAUGGCUGGAGGAUUAUGUUUCUUUCAUCCUUAUCAGAACAUUUGGAUAGGUGGAAGAUAUGCUGAUGGAAACUGGAUGUGGGUUCCCACUGGAAUAGAAAUACCAAGUAAAAUAGGAAGUGAUGGCUAUCCUCCAUGGGCUAUCAAUGUUAGAAGAGCCAAUUUAUGUCUAACAAUAAACAGAUUAUUUAUUACUCGCCCAGUCUUAUCAGAUCUCAACUGUGAUCGGAAGAGGAAUUUUGUGUGUGAACAUGGCUGUGCUCAGUUGAAGAGUAAUGAAAGGCAGACUUGGGAUCCUCCUUUGUGUUCUGAGACUUUCAGUGAAUUAGGGGAUGAAUGCAGCCUUGUUUGCAAAAAUGGAUAUGAACUUGCUGGAAGUGCUACAGUCACAUGCACUGCUGAUGGCUGGAAUGGUACUGGUGGUUUGAAUAAAAUACCUGCAUGUAAAACACCUGAAGAAGUAGGCGAAGAUUUUGUGAAUAAAAUAAACAGUACUUUGAAUGGCAUUGCAGCAAAUAUGUUAUUCUUACUAGAUGAGUCAGUAAGUGUCUCACCACAACAAUUUGAAAUGGAAAAAUACUUUGUUAAAUCAGUGGCCCAGGCAUUCCCGCUCUCCAUAAAUCGAACAGCAGGUCUGAUAACAUUCAGUCAUGUUGCUGAUAUAGACAUUCCACUGACUCAGACAGACACGUGUGCAUUUGUUGACUCUGUUGGUGAACUCGUUUACACAAAGGGUGGAACAAGUAUCCUAGUUGCAUUAAAUCUGGCAGUUGAUGAAAUAAAGAAAAAUGCCAUUCAUAAUACAACACUUGUAUUUCUAAUAACAGAUGGCAUCAGCACAACUGAUCCAACUCCAGCUGCUGACACAUUGAAAGCAAAUGGAGAUAUUGUGUUUGCAAUUGGUAUUGCUGAUUAUCAGCGAGAUCAGCUUGAACCACUGGCUACAGUUUCUUCAGAUGGAACUCCCAAUUUCUUUGGAGUUUCAAGCUUUGAAGUGUUCCUGCAGAUUGCACACUACCUUAACACAACUUACAUUGACCAAAGCCAGAUAAACUGCAACUAAUUCAACAGUUAACACUGCUAUUUUCCUUGAAUUUACACGUAAGUAG